AUGAUUGGUUUAUUUCGGUAUUCUACUUGUCUCAUCCUUACACCAGAUAUUUCAUUAAUUAUCCCUAUAGAAAACCCAUUAACCACCGAAACCGUACAAAGUUCUACCUUGUCUCUUCAAAGCGUAGACAACGUCCAAAGAAGUGACGGUCUUUCUCUUAGCGUGCUCGGUAUAAGUAACAGCGUCUCUGAUAACGUUCUCCAAGAAGGACUUGAGCACUGCUCUCACUUCUUCGUAAAUCAAAGCGGAGAUUCUCUUGACACCACCUCUUCUGGCGAGUCUUCUGAUAGCUGGCUUAGUGAUACCUUGGAUGUUAUCUCUAAGAAUCUUUCUGUGUCUCUUGGCACCGCCUUUUCCUAG